CCCAUUCUAAUAUUAGAGAAUUUUCAAGACUUGAUGAAGGAGAAUGUCUUUGAAACAGCAUUUCCACUCCACGAGAAAGAAAAACUGGAUAUAUUCCUGAAGAUAAAUUGGAGAAGCAUCCGAUGUAAACAGCUUGUUGAAGAAAUCAGGAUGUAUUUUGGAGAGAAAAUUGCUCUGUAUUUUGCCUGGCUACACUGGUACACUUAUGUCUUACUCAUAGCUACAGUGCCAGGCAUUAUUCUUGUCAUAUAUGGAUUCAUGUCCUUCAAUUCCGGACAGGUUAGCCAAGAGAUCUGUACAGCCAACACAACUAUUAUGUGUCCACUCUGUGAUCAGAAGUGCCCAUUUUGGCCACUGUCAGACACUUGCACUUAUGCCAAGUUCACCCAUUCGUUUGACAAUGAAGGGACAGUACUCUUUGCAAUAUUCAUGGCUCUUUGGGCCACAGUGUACUUGGAACUGUGGAAGAGACAGAGAGCUAAAGUGGUUAGUGAAUGGAACCUACACUGGUGGGAUGAAGAGAAGGAUGAUGUGGCCCUGGAGCUCAUUAGUAAUCCAGACCGUGAGAUCCGGAAGUACCAACACUCUUAUGUGCGCACUACCAUUGUGCUCAUCUUAUUUGCACUUAUGAUCUGCAUUCUGAUUGGUAUUGCCCAAGCGAUUGUUGUCUAUCGGGUCAUGGUGACAGUCCUGUUUGCCCAUUCCAGCUCUGGAUUCUUUCGAGAGCGAGCUACUAUUAUGGCAGUAGUAACAGGGGCUGUGUUGCAUUACUUGUCCAUCGUCAUUAUGAGCAAGGUGAACAGGCAUGUAGCUGUGUUCCUCUGUGAUCUGGAGAAGCCAAGGACAUUCUCUGAACGUGAGAACAACUUCACAGUCAAAAUCUUCACCCUUCAGUUCGUCACCCAUUUCUCUUCUCUAAUUUACAUUGCUUUCUUCCUCGGGAGGAUUAAUGGCCGUCCUGGAAACUAUGUACGUGUCGCUGGCAAGUGGAGACUGGAAGAUUGCCACCCUAGUGGUUGCCUUUUAGAUCUCUUUAUCCAGAUGGCUAUAAUCAUGGCAUUAAAGCAAACCCUGAACCAACUACAGGAAUACUUGGUACCCUGGAUAAUAUAUCAGUUCAGAAAGCAUUGUGCCAAGCCCAAACACCACCGUCAAAUUCACACAGAGGAGAGUGCCCAGGACCAGUGCAAGGAGGACUGGUUGUGGAAUUACCAGCUUAAUGAAGUCAACUCAUUCAGUUUGUUCAAUGAGUUCUUGGAGAUGAUGAUCCAAUACAGCUUCACCACCAUUUUUGUGGCUGCCUUCCCUCUUGCCCCAUUGCUGGCCUUUUUAAACAACCUCAUUGAAAUUCGGUAUGAUGCUGUCAAGAUGGUGAAACUGCAGAGGCGCAUGGUACCAAGGAAAGCCAAGGAUAUUGGUAUCUGGCUGCAGGUCCUGGAAGCGAUUGGUAUGUUGGCUGUCAUUGCCAAUGGCCUGGUGAUUUCUAUCACCUCAGACUUCAUCCCCAUGCAAGUGUAUAAAUACACACUUGGCCCAUGUGUACAGGAGAAUUACACUGGCAUAGACUGUUUGACAGGUUAUGUGAAUCACAGCCUUUCAGUAUUUUCCAUCCAGGACUUCAAGAAUCGCAAUGACCUGUCAGAUCUUAAAGACUCCAUGGGGAAUAAAAUAACACACUGCAGGUACAGAGAUUACCGGAAUAGUGAUGACUACAGUUACUCUGUCAUGUUCUGGCAUGUUUUUGCAGCACGCCUUGUCUUCCUUAUCGUGUUUGAACAUGUGGCCUUGUGCAUCAAACUGAUUGCAGCCUGGUUUGUCCCCGAUGUCCCCAGAAGGGUUAAGAAUCUAUAUCUGAAAGAAAAAUGUGACAGGCUGCAGAGACAACUGAGUGAAAUGGAUGACUCCACAGAAGUAUAGUGAAAUGCCAAGGAGGGUGCUAAGAAGGAAUUUGGAGCCAGAGCCUUGCAGGAUGGUGCUACAGGCUUUGAAGAUGCCAGAUAAACCCUGCAGGCCUUAUCAUUCUCGUAUGCAUGCUACUGUUGGACUUUGUCUCUUCAUCAAAAUGCAAAGACAGCAGUUCAAGAGGCAGUUUUGAAUAUUUCAGCAUUCUGUAGAGAAGUGAAAGUGUCUGGUAGGAAUAUAGCUAUAUAUAAGAGAGUGAGACAGCAUUAAAUGGGAAUGUUUGCACUGUCAAUAAAACAAUAAUUUGUUGAAAGGCUCAAAAGAA